AUGCUCCUGCUGACCCUUGUCAUGCUGGCCGCCUGCCUGGCCUGGUUCAGACCACUUCCUGACACCUACCAGUGCUUUGGGAGAGAGCACGUUGAUUUCCCCAAGACCAGCGCUCCUAACGGCCAGAGCUACUGUGACCUCAUGAUGUGGCGCCUGAGCCGGAACAUGGGUGUCUGCAAACUCACCCACACCUUCAUCCACGCCCUCGCCAGCCAUCUCUGGGCCAUCUGCCCCAGCGGUAGGAGAUGCAACCAAUAUAACGAAUGCAACAGCAUCGCAGCCUACCCUCUCACCACCUGCCGGGUGCGCAGCCCCCCCCCGCCCACCGAACUGUGUCUACAGGGGCAUACCCCAGACCCGCAGGAUCCACAUGACCUGUAA